AUGAAAUGUCUUUUACAAUGUUGCCUCACUAGCGAAAGUAGCAGGUGGUUGUUACUACGGCUUCUAGUGCGUUUCAUUCGCAUCAAUCUGCACGUACGGCUUAUGUGGCGUAUACCGGACGAGGCGCUGAAACUGUGCAAGACUGACCUUUUUCUCGACGUCAACGCUCCAAUUCUCAAUCUAUUUGUGGGUCAUGAGAGGAGCCAGAAAACUGCACAGGCGACGCAGAUGUACUUCACCCAUGCGAUAUUUCCUCAUAAUAAAUCGCUGAUUACGUGGCGGACAACCCCUCUGGACCAACUUUCAGACGAAUCUGUGAUCUUCGCCUCCUACCGUAAACCUACCGUAACCGCACAGAAAGGCACUUUUGCAGCUUGCGCCCGAAACAAGAGCAUGCGGCAAGGUUCGGGAAUUGCCCUCAUGUUUGAUGUUAACAUGCAAGGGGGAUUCUACGGGCUCACAAAUCCUAUGACGAUCAUGAUGUAGUACAUUUGCGGCGGCAGAUUCCAACCGUUACUCUGCAAUUUUCAAUUUGUUGGAGCCGAUCACGGCAUUGAAACCCACCUUUUUUCAUUUUCCUUGUAC